AUGUGAAUUGUUUUACAGUUUAAACUUUUGUAUAAUUAUUUUUUAUUCCGGUUUUUGUGUCUGCGGAAGCUACACGUAGCUAACAGCGGUAAACAAAUUCGCUGCCAAUGCCAGUUCGAGUUUCAUCUAUGAACCAUGACCAGUUUCAGCGAGUAUGAAAGCCUAAAUUUCAGGCGAUAUAAGCGCAACAACAAGGUGUUAUUAAACUUUUACAGUUUUUUAAAACUAUUUUCGUGUUUUUGUAAUGAACGCAAGGGGAGGAAUCGCAUCACAUCUACUACGAAUGAAAUAUUUGAAAUGAGUGCAACACAACUAGCUUAUUACAUUCGUAAUAAAAAGAUAUCUUCAUUUGAAGUUGUGUCUAAUUUUAUUGAACGCCAGAAACAAGUUAAUCCAGUCCUCAACGCUAUUGUUGCCGAUCGAUACGAAGAUGCUUUACAAGAAGCAAGAAACGUUGACAAAUUUUUAGAGACAACAGAAUUAACUGAAACUGAAUUAUCUGAGCGGAAACCAUUACUUGGGGUACCAAUUACCGUCAAAGAAUCUUUAUCAAUGCAGGGUAUGCCUUUGGUGGUAGGUGCGAAGAAUCGUCGUGGAUUUAUAGCUGAAAAACAUGGAGAAAGUGUUAGAAUGGUGAUUGAAGCUGGUGGUAUUCCAUUGUGUGUGACUACAACACCAGAGUUAUGUAUUAGUAAUGAAACGAAUAAUUUGGUGACCGGGAAAACUAAUAAUCCUUACAAUAUUGGAACAACAUGUGGGGGGUCAUCUGGUGGUGAAGGUGCAUUAAUAUCAUCUGCUGCUUCAGUCUGUGGCUUGGGAUCUGAUAUUAUGGGAUCUGUGAGGAUACCUGCGGCAUUUUGUGGAAUAUUUGGACACAAACCAAGCACAGGUGUUGUGGAUAUAAGUGGGCAUGUACCAUGGUCAGAAGAACCUCUGUUCAAAAAAUGUUUAUCCAUAGGACCAUUGUGUCGUUAUGCCGAAGAUCUGCUAAUUGUAACUAAAAUAUUGACAAAAAACAAUCCUCUACUACGUUUAGAUGAGAAGGUUAAUUUAAAUAAUAUAAACGUUCAUUUUAUGGAGGAUAAUGGUAAUCCCGCCAAUACACUUAAAGUACAUCCGCUUAUAAAACAUCGUAUCAAACAAUCCGUUGAUCAUUUUCGGAACAAGUGGAAAUGUCACAUUAGUGACGUGAAAUUCGACGAUGCGCGUUUUGAUCCUGUCAUUAUCGCUUUAUUCCUAAGCUACCAAAAUGACUACAUUUCAGAUAAUGUAAAAGUAGGAUAUCAAUGGAUGAAAUCAAUUUUUGGUAAAGCCGAUUAUUCAAUGGGAUUACUUCUGUAUUUACUUGGCAAAAACCAUCCGAAACUAUUGAUAGAUUCGUGUGAAACAGAUACAAUCCUGAAAUUUGUUACGCAUUUUGAACAAAAAAUUGAUCAUGUACUGGGAGAUAACGGCAUUCUUUUAUACCCGACAUUUCCAACGCCUGCUUUCAAACACGGCGCAUCGUGCUUCACAUUGUCGUCGUGCACCUACCCGGGCCUGGCGAAUUUAUUGGGACUUCCGGCGACUACCGUACCUGUCGGACUCACCGAAAACGGAUUACCCGUGGGUAUUCAGGUGAUUGCAGCAAGAAACCAGGACCGCCUCUGCUUGGCAGUGGCAAAAGAACUGGAAAGUGUUUUCGGCGGUUGGCUCCCACCAUUCGACACCAACACCGGCGCCAGCGGGCAAUUUCGCGCUGCUGCGCAAGUUUAAAAAUAUGAAUAGCGUGCGCUAAUGUCGCUGAGCUAAUGCGUGGCGUCGUUUAUGAAAAGCACCGAUUGUAAAUGGCAUUAAUAGUUAAUUAAACAAUUUGCUUCUA